GCUCCUGGACGCUGCGCACACUCUCUCCCGGGGCACCCCGACACACGCACACACACACACACACACACACACACACCCGACACUACAUACACGCACACGCGCGGACGGACACGCACACGAAGAAGAGCCACGCAAGUGUCGCGCGUGGGACUCGACGCAUUUCGUUUGGGGUGUUGUUAAGAUGGCUCACAUAUGAGGAGGAGGACGCGGCGGGAUGCGCACCUAAACAAGUGUCUCCUCUUGACUCCUCGAGCCGGAUACCGAGACACACCGCAGGAGAUAACUCGCUAAUUCUUCUUCUCUUUUUUUAAUUCUUUUUUUCUUUUUUUUUUCUUCUUUUUGUGUGUGUGUGUGUGUGUGUGUGUUGCUCUCUUGUCAUUUGGAUUGAUCUUGGUCCUCGAUCCUCCCCUCCCUCACCUCACACGCGAAGUGACAAAAGUUGUGUGGACUACAUGGAUUUCUGACGUGGCCAUUUUUUUGUGUGUGCGUGUGUGUGUGUGUUGUGUGUGUGUGUGACUGACUCGUCCCCAAGCACCCAAGGGUGCGCUCCUCGUCAUUCACCUUGUUGACGCACCCCUGAAGAUCCAGAAGGGGAGGGGGUGGGGGGUGACAUAUAUCCCCCAGCUCCGAGGGACACACGGCACAUAUUGGACCGGUCCGAACCGAGCGAGCGUCGUGAAUGAGAUCCGCUCACCUGCCGUGACACCGACGACGAGGAAUACGUGGCCAACUUUUGCCGUAGUGAUGCUGCAGGUGGAAAUGAUCCUCGCCGUCUGCUUGGUGCUGUGGAUGUGUGUUUUUAGCCAGGAGCCCAGUUCCAAAGUGGUGGCCGACCGCUACGCCGUCUUCUGGAACCGGACCAACGCCAAAUUCCAUCGUGGGGACUAUCACAUUGACGUGUGCAUAAAUGACUACCUGGAUGUCUACUGCCCGCACUACGCUGACUCGGUACCCGAGGAGCGGACUGAGCACUACGUCCUCUACAUGGUCAACUACGACGGCUACAGCACGUGCGACCACACCUUCAAGGGCUUCAAGCGCUGGGAGUGCAACCGGCCGCACUCGCCCAACGGGCCUCUCAAGUUCUCGGAGAAGUUCCAGCUUUUCACCCCGUUCUCCUUGGGCUUUGAGUUCAGACCGGGCAGAGAAUAUUACUACAUCUCCUCCACCGUUGCUGAGAACGGGAAGAAAACCUGCCUGAAGCUGAAAGUUUUCGUCCGACCAUCAAACAGCUGUGUGAGAACUAUAGGGGUACAUGACCGUGUUUUUGAUGUAAACGACAAAGUAGACAAUACGUUAGAACCACGAGACGACACGAGCCAUGAACCAGCCGAGCCGUCCCGAAGCGAGGAGACAAACGGUGCGCCGCACCUGCCCCCGUCUACUCCACCUCUGGCUUCACUGUUGCUCUGCCUGGCAGCACUCUUCACCUUAUAGCGCCCCCGCCUGUCUCGGAGGGGCAAUUUACACCCAGCGUGGCCUGAAUCUGCCCGAGGUUGCAGGGGAAAGGGGCCGGAUUUGAGGGCGGAGCUUGUUUUGCUUGAUUGGCAGGCUGCCCAAGGAAUCCCUCGAUUUUUGUUUUCCCCCCAGACAAAGUUUGAAGUGUCUCACCGUUUGU